AUGGCCGAAGAAACGUCGGCUAAUCGCAAUGUCGAAAUGUGGAAGAUCAAGAAGCUCAUUAAGAGUUUAGAAAUGGCAAGAGGAAAUGGAACAUCAAUGAUAUCCCUGAUCAUACCGCCCAAGGAUCAGUACGUUCCGCCGAAUGGCUUGGUGAUUUACUGCGGCACCAUCGUCACCGAUGAGGGCAAAGAGAAGAAGGUGAACAUUGAUUUUGAGCCCUUCAAGCCAAUCAACACCUCACUGUAUUUGUGCGAUAACAAGUUCCACACAGAGGCCCUCACAGCUCUUUUGGCCGAUGACAACAAGUUCGCUUUCAUCGUGAUGGAUGGUAACGGAGCCCUGUUUGGCACCCUGCAAGGAAAUGCUAAGCAGGUCCUUCACAAAUUCAGUGUUGAUUUACCAAAGAAGCAUGGCAGGGGUGGGCAGUCAGCACUUCGUUUCGCCCGCCUUAGAAUGGAGAAGCGCCAUAACUACGUACGAAAAGUGGCCGAGGUGGCCACGCAACUGUUUAUCAGUUCCGAUAAACCAAAUGUGGCUGGCAUAAUCCUUGCCGGAUCAGCAGAUUUCAAGACUGAGCUGUCUCAAUCCGACAUGUUUGACCCCCGCCUCCAAUCGAAAAUCAUCAAGCUGGUGGACGUAUCCUACGGUGGGGACAAUGGCUUUAAUCAGGCCAUAGAGCUUGCAUCCGAACCAUUGCAGAACGUCAAGUUCAUACAAGAGAAGAAGCUAAUUGGCCGCUACUUCGAAGAGAUCGCACAGGACACCGGUAAAUUCUGUUUCGGCGUGGACGAUACCUUGCGCGCCCUGGAACUCGGCGCCGUUGAGACCCUUAUCUGCUGGGAGAACCUCGACAUUCAGAGAUACGUGCUGAAAUCACACUCGAAGGAAGAGACCAUCCUGCAUCUGACGCCGGAACAGGGGAAGGACAAAACCCAUUUCACCGAUAAAGAUAGAGCUACAGUUGGUCGGUGGGUACCGAGGGCUUUCUGCGGGAGCGAGAGCGAAACAGAGGAUACGAGUCGUGCAGCAGCGUUAACAUGGCCAUCCAAGUCGCCUGAUCUAAACCCAAUUGAAAAUUUGUGGGAGCCAAUGGUUCCGAAACUAGAAACUAGC